AUGAAAGCUGAUAGCUUUCACUCAGUCCUUUCCGAUAAGCACUCUAAAUACAACUAAUUCAUAAAUUCCUAGCUUUUCGUUGGUUAUAAAGUUCGAGGCAAAGAUCAAUAAAAAAAGCAAUAUAUCGUUUCCAGCCCAUCGGAUGAAUAAAAAAUGAGCAAUAACCUUACAGUUUCUCAAAGUUAUGUGAAUGCGAUGAAGGCUUUGUAAGAGAAAAUCAAAUAGCUUGAGUUUGAGAAUUAAAGUUUAUAGAGUCUAGUAGUAUGACUUCAUUAUUAAUUAGACAUCUAAUGAUAGUAAGAGUAAUCUAAAGUCUAAUGAGAGAAAACUAAAGGAAUCUAGUGUUCAUCAAAAAACUAGUGAAAGCUUAUAAACGAAAGAACUGGAGUAGAAACUUAUGCAAUAAGAAUUCACAACCAAAAUGAGGAUAGAGGAUUAUGAAUGCAAAAUUACACAAUUAUAAUAGAAUUUAUUGAACAUUACAUAAUAGGCUGACCAAAAAUAUAGAGAAUAUAUAGAGGAGAAGCAAAAUUUGUAUUUUUAUUGUUAUAUCAAAGAACUGAGUAGCUGAGGAUUCAAGAAGAAAAUAACACUAAUUAUCGAAAUAAGGUGAAUUCAUAAAACCAAACCUUACAAUAAGAAAAAUAGGUAAAUUUUGAUAUAACAUUUAUAGAAUUAUUCAAAUCUCUAAUUUCUAUUGGAAUAAGAGAAGAAUGAGAAACGAUUUUUGUAGCAAAACAAUGAAAAAUUAUAAUUAGAAUUAUCAAAAUUGAAAUAGAAACUUUUUGAGGCUGAUGCUUAUAUAGAAUAGUAUACUGAUUAUUAUAAUGAUCAUACAUUUAGAAGUAUUUUUUUUAUUUAUUUUAGAGUUGGAAGUAGAAAAUAAUUAAUUAAAAAUCUAAUUAGAACAUUUGACAAGAGAAAACCAAUAGCUUAAUGAUACCAUUGAAAAUUUAAAGUCCAAUUUAGACUUAAAAACAUAAGAACUUGAAGAAUCUGAAUUUAGAAGAGUAAAGAAAUCAUCAGAAUCAAAUAUAAGAAUAGAAUAGUUGAGACAAUAAUUAAUUACUUUAUCUUCAAAAUCUAAUUUAACUACAAUAAGUCCAAGAGUCACCAAAAAAAAGAACAUUAAAUAAAUAUCAUAAAAAGAAAUGUCAGUCAAGGCAUCAAAAAUAAGGGACUUACGUUAAAUUAAAAGCAAGAGUCUAAAUAAACUGAAAGAUCCUUAGUUUUUGACUCAAUCAUAAUCAAUGCAAAAUAAUAACUUUUAGAAUUAAAAAUAAUAAGGAUAUGAUUCGCAAAGUAGUGGUGUUAGUCGAUUAAUUGUAAAGACUUUAGAGGAAAAUUAUCCAUCUUCGUAAAAGAAUGAUUUAUAUAAUAAUGCUGUUAUUGUUGAAGACGAAAUAACUUUGAAUGAUUAAUAACUUGGUAGAAAGAACUAGAAAUAUGUUGAAGCUGUCUAAAGAAUAAGAUUCUUAGAUGAACUAUUGACAGCCCUCAAUUUAUAAUACUAAGAUAUUGAAGAAUAAAUUCAAUAACAAACAGAUAUGACAGUUAAAAAAGAAAAAAGAUAGAAAUUACUAGAGAUAAUCGAUUAAAUUUAAGAUGUUAAUAAGGAAUUAAAUGAUCUUGUUACUAUAAAGAAACUUGCUUAAUAAUAAUGA